CGAACACCUCUCGUUCCCCCUCUCCCCUCUCCCCUGCCUAGAAACCUCACCUCCUCUCUCUCUCUCUCUCUCUCUCUCUCUCUCUCUCUCUCUCUCUCUCCACGAUAAAUACCCUACGAAAUCGAUCACCAAACCAGCAAUGGCGUCGGGGGACUCCGAGAAGCGGCUCCAAAAGGUUAUGGACAAGCUCUACCACUUCCCCAAGCCGAAGCCCUCCCCCUCCAGCUCUGUGGAGAGAGGGAAGAAGGUGGAAUGGGGGCCGAGGUUUGGAUUUGAGAGGGGUUUGAGGGUUCCAUCUGCGGCAACGGCGAUCGCGAUGCUCGGGCCCGCACCGCCGUGCCGGCCGUGGGAUCGGGGGGAUCUCCUGAGGCGGCUCGCCACGUUCAAGGCCAUGACCUGGUUCGGAAAACCUAAGGUUGUCAGUCCAAUCAAUUGUGCACGUAGAGGCUGGAUUAAUAUAGAGGUGGAUGUCAUAACUUGUGAGGCAUGUGGGGCACGACUCCUAUUCUCUACUCCAUCUUCUUGGUCGCUACAACAAGUUGAAAAGGCUGCUGCUGUAUUCAGCUUAAAGCUUGAUACUGGACAUAAGCUGCUUUGUCCAUGGAUUGAUAAUAUAUGUGAUGAAGCGCUAGCUAUGUUUCCUCCAUCACCUCCUCCAGUUCUAGUUGAGAGCUAUAAUGAACGCUCAUCAUCUCUCAUGCGACUCGUGGCCCUUCCCGUGGUUUCGUCCUCGGCCAUUGAAUAUAUGAAGAGGAGGAGCCCUCAACUAGAUCCAUUCUUAAAAGAGCCUUCUCAUUUAUCAGUUCUCCUAAGAGGCGGAAUCAAGAUUGCUGAUGGAUUCAGAAGCAAGGAUCUAGAUGGUGUUGUUGAAGAUGCAACUGCUGAGCUCUACUACCAGGCACUGAAGAUUACCAGUUUAUGUGGAUGGGAACCUCGCCUGCUUCCCUAUGCUGUUGACUCUUCUAUCAAAUCCGGUCCCUCUACAAAUGCUACUUCCAUAUCUGAACCAUCAGAAAAGCUACUUCAUGAACAGAACAAAGGCAUCACGGUAUAUGCAUCACAUCGACACGGUGAAGUUGAGGGAGAGGAAUGCGACAAUCCCAUGCAACUUGAUUACCAAUACGAUCCUUCUUCUGUUGUAUUAGAUUGCAAGUUUUGUGGAGCACGCGUGGCUCUCUGGGCUUUUUCAAUGGUAGAUCGCCCUUUGCUGCUUUUCAACUUUAUUGCCGAUUCUAGUAGCCAAGGUGAGGCAGAUGCUCGUGUAGACCAAGUUAGCGGAAUAGGAGCUCUGAGACCAGGUAGCUCAGGCUUAAGUUUGACCAUCGCUGGUGGGCCUUCACCGACAAAACAAAAAUUUCGACCGAGGGUUUCUUUUCCUGUAGUUAGCCGGCAUCUAAGGGCCGAAUUGAGCUCUAGCAGGAGUAUCUUAUCUCUUGAAAGUAGAAAUUUGAAGAGUGAUGAUAUCUUGAAUCAUCAAAAGAGUGUUGAGGGCGAUCCUGGUAUAUUAGAUGGUUCAGGUUCACCGAAGCUCAAAAGAAGCAGAGAUGAGUUUCAAUAUGGGAGCACUAAUGUCAAUGCAAGUUCCAGUACAAUCGGUGAGUUAAAUGGUGAAAAGACUGGAGCUCUUGUUACCACCAAUGUGGAAGGAAGCAUGAGCUCCAAUCCAAAUACUGUUUUAACUGAUAAGAAUGCUGAGGAAAAUCAGUCCGAACCCGUCACAAGAUUAGAAUUUCUGCACGAGGAAAGUGAAAAUCAUGCUUCAAGAUUAGAAAAUCUUUGUCAUGGUAAAUCUGAAAGUAGUCAUGAUGGGUCUAUAAACACUACCUCCUCUUCUGUUAUUAAUCCAGCGAGCACAGAUAACAAAAAUCAUGAAGAAGGUGAGAAGAAUUUUAAUAUCCAAAACCCGGUGGAUGAAAUCGGAAGUAAUCAGAAGACUACUGAGUUCACGAAGAUGGUGGCAUUAUCCAGCGACAAGGAAUCAGAUACAAACCAAGCAUCUGGUAAUAAUAUGUGGAAAAAGUGCAAAUCACCUCCUUGUACUUGGAGCUUUGUUUCAAGUAUCUUUCUUGAACUCUAAUUUGGGCAACCAAACUCAAAAGUCCACAAGGGGCACUGCCCAAAUCAAAAUUCCAGCAGCAGACAUUUAAAGUUCGAUGGGAGCUUUUGCUGAAAUAAAUAAUUUAAGGACAUUCUUGCAUCCAAGCUCAAACAUGGGGGGUGAAUUUUCAUUUUAACUUCAUAAUUACACUAGCCAGCCAAGAGAUAUUCGUACAAAUGUUGCUGGCUUCAGUUUAACGUUGGUUUAUGAAAGAAAUGAGCUACUCUCAUCCAUUCCAUUGUUAGGUUAUUUUCUAUCCAGAAGACAUACAAAUCUUGAGAAUUUCUUCAAAUAAAUCUUUUCCCUUAAUUUCUCCAUUGGGCUUCUUCUAAAUCUUUUUUACUUUCCCGGUAUUCUUUUGUCAGGUCUGCUAAUUUAAGGUUCAACCAAAUUCAUGAGUUGAGUUAUUGUUAUGAUAUGACAUGUCAUAAGAUUGUUUGUGAACAAGCUGAACCUUGUGCAUACCUACUCCAAAAUUCAAAGGAACAAUGCUAAGAAUAUCUGGACAACUUUGUGCAUCAAAUAUUUUCUAUACAAUUACUGCUAGCAUCAACUGAUGAUACUUGUAUUAUUUUGUCAUGAAAUACAAUGCAGAAAAAUCUGUGCUUACUAUAGGUUGUUUCAAGUAGGCAAAAUGAGUGAUCUCUCAGUAAUGUGCUCUGCGAUGCCUCUGUAGUCAAUCUCAUUAAUAUGCUUGUAAUUAGGGAAUGAAUUUUUUUUUUAAAAAAAAAUUCAUCGUACUCUUGUUAGUAGAGCAUCGAGGUGACAAAACUAUUAAGAGUAUUAAUAGUUUUGAUAUGUCAGCCAUUGUAAGUUCUAAGCUUUUUUGUCCACAGUGGCAAAUAACAUUUUAGCAAAGAAUGGAGCUUCCUCUCCAACUAGUUGGUAACUUGGUAUACAAGCUAUUUGAUGUAUCUGAACUGUAUCGGUAGCUCUACUUUGAUAUCUAUAGUUAAAAGAAGCAUCCCGUUAAAAGCAGCAUCUCGCACAUUAGAGAUGGUACAUUGCUAUUCUGCUUAUGUACUGUUUUCUAUAUAUUAUUUUUAUCUCUUUAUUCUCCUUAUGAACUUGUUCAUCAGUUCACGUCUACCAUG